GGCAACAACACUUUCACGCCUUGCGUGGUUCUCCAGGAGCGAUCUAGAAAUACAAUACCUAAGCCAGGUAGUAAUAUUAACAUGCCCUCCCAACUUCUCCAAUAUCUAUUCGGCCUUCAAUCCCUUCCCCUCCUCGCGAGCGGGCUCCACACCCUUUUGUCCCCCGCUUCCGCCGCGCAAUCGCAGUAUUUGCCCCUGAAGGACGUUAGCACGGGGACCAUCCAAGCCGUGAGUCUUUCCUCCUUGACACUAGGCACUUACUAUGCUAUCGCCGCCUAUCAGAAUAACAUCCCGUUGAUGGUGGCUACGAUACCAGGAUGGUUUCUGGCGGCAGUGGUGUUCUAUAGGACAGGGGAGGCGGCGUGGCGACGGGUGGCGCCGGUCGAGGCAGUUAUGGGACUGGGAACUGCCUUGGGGCUUUUGUUUUGGGGUAUUGAAGCACAUGAGUGGCGACCUUCUUGGAGAGAAUGAAGAAGAAAAGGGGUAUACGUGUGGAGUAUUGAAGUAUAGGAUUGGACACUUGAUGCUUACGGGAUAGAUUCUCACAUAUGCUGUCCUGGACACAUGAAGGAAGGAUGGUGUCUGGUGAAGUUUCAAGCAGUAUGCAAGAAGUUAUUUUAAUUAUAUGGUCAUUGGUUGUCUCGUUUAGGCCUUCAGAUGCCCAUUGAAUAUAUCAACAUACUAAGACA